CGCAGUCCAUUUCGAUUUUUAGCCCGCUUUGAGCCAUGGCACAAGCACCAGCAACCUCGAGCAACGGAAAGCCCAUUCCCUCGCAGGAAGAGAUGAGCCUGCUCGCCAUGCCCCUUGGCCAGCUCCAGACCUUUGCCAAGCAGAUGGACGAGGAGGUCCGCUUCCUGAUCCAGUCGCUGUCACAACUGCACCAAGCUGUCAAGCGCUUUGAGGAGUCCCGAGACAGCCUUGCUCAGCUUGGCGACGCCAAGGAGGGCUCCGAUCUGCUCGUGCCGUUGACCAGCUCGCUCUACGUUCCUGGCACGCUCGCCAACGCUGGCAAGGUCAUGGUGGAUAUUGGCGCCGACUACUAUGUUGAGCGAAGCGUCAAGGACGCAUCGGCCUUCUUCAGCCGUCGCAUUGCCUUCCUGAUGGACAACAUUGAAAAGCUGCAAAAGACCAUCGGCACCAAGCGUGCCAACCUCAACUCGCUCCAAGACAUCAUCGACCGCAAGACCCAAUACCAACAACAGCAAAUGCAACAGGCGGCUGCUGCUCAGGGCAAGGGUGUCCGCGCAUCCUCAUAAGCUGCCAUCUCAAGACUUGCUCGAACAACACUACUUUGUUUCUUGUUUUCGUAGUUUUCUGUGUGCAUGUUUUCAUUUCCCAAAGAAACACGUUCAUUUUCAUGUC